AUUCGCAAACCUUUUCGAUUGUAAAGAAGUCUUCAACAAAAACCAAAACCUACAAAAUGUUCAAAUUGUUCACUGUCUGCUUCCUCGCUCUCUUCGCUGUUGCCUUCGGUGCUGCUAAGCCCGGUCUGUUGGCUGCACCUGCCGCUCUUGCGUACUCCGCUCCAGUUGCUGCCGCUUAUACUGCUCCAGUCGCUGCUCCCUUAGCUGCCGCUUAUGCUGCUCCCGUAGCCGCGCCCUUAGCCGCUGCUUAUGCUGCUCCAGUGGCCGCUGCCUACCACGCCGGCUAUGCUGGAUACGUUGCGCCAUACGCCAGCAGCUACUCAGCUCACUCAAUUGCUCACUCCGCCGCUUUCCCAGCUGCUUAUGCUGCUGCCCCAGUUGUCGCUGCCGCACCCGCCGUUGCUGUGCUGAAGAAAUAGAUAAUAUCCUAAUGAAACGAACGAAAUAAAGCCG